AUGGCUGCUACUGCUCUAGUUGCGGCUGCUGCUCUGCUGGUUCCCCUGCCCACUGGUCUUGCUGAAGCCAACAAACACCAGCUAUGUGGACCACAACGUCAAAGCCAGUCCGGACCUCUUACACUGGAGCGUCAUUCUGGCUGGGUUCGGUCAGUCGCACUCUCAGUUAAAGGCCAGCUUCUGGCAUCAGGCUUCAUUGAUAACACGAUCAAGAUGUGGAAUGCAUGUGGCGGCACUCUCAAGCAUACCUUGAGCACUGAUGGUUUUGUCACUGUCACUGAGAUUUCUGAGCACCUGCCGCUAUUGAGAACCAACAUAGGCUCUUUUGAUAUCUAUAUCGGCUACGAAGACUUUUUAUCAUAUUCCUCCACAAAAGGGAUAGUGGUAUCUCUGGGAGCAGAUCGAUGGGUCAAUAUUCAAGGUCAAAGAGAGCUCUGGCUCUUUCCCACUUAUCAACCUAGCUCCUCAACGGUUAAAGACGGUAUUAUCGCAUUUGGUAACACGAGCGGCAGAGUAGCUAUAAUUGCGUUUUCAUCCUACGCAGGGUUUCGUUUCUAUCUCUGGUGA